AUGGGGAAAGAGAAGAUCACCAUUGUCGGGUCUGGGAACUGGGGUUCAGCUAUCGCUCGAAUCGCAGGCAACAAUGUCAAGCAGAACCCAGACAUGUUUGAUGAGCAGGUCAAAAUGUGGGUGUUCGAGGAGGAGUUCGAGGGCAAGAAGUUGACCGAGAUCAUCAAUGAGGAGCACGAGAACCGGAAGUAUCUCCCCGGGGUGGCGUUGGGGGAGAACGUCGUGGCUAUCCCGGACAUCGGGGAGGCGGUGAAGGGCGCGACGGUGCUUAUCUUUGUGAUGCCUCAUCAGUUCCUUGUGAAGACGCUGGAUCAGAUGGAGGGGAAAGUCACGAAGGGGAUCCGUGCUGUUUCAUUAGCCAAGGGUGUCGAGGUCAACGGAUCAGAUAUCAAGCUCUUCGCGGACAUUAUCAGCGAGCGACUCGAGAUUUCCUGUGCGGCACUGAGCGGAGCCAACAUUGCGAAUGAGGUAGCGAGGGAUCGAUUCUCUGAGACUACAAUUGGAGUGAGAAAGAAGGAGGAUGGUGAUAUGUGGAAGAAGCUGUUUACCACACCAAAGUUCCGCGUAUCGAUCGUUGACGAUGUCGCCGGCGUCUCCCUCUGUGGCGCCCUGAAGAACAUCGUCGCAGUCGGCUCGGGUCUUGCAGACGGGUUGGAAUGGGGAAACAACUCGAAAGCUGCGAUCAUGCGCAUCGGUCUCAUGGAGAUGAAGUCGUUUUGCCAGGAAUUCUUCGAAGGGGUCAAGGAGGAGACAUUCUUGGAGCAAUCGGCGGGUGUGGCGGACGUUAUCACUUCUUGCCUUGGUGGACGGAACAUGAAGGUCGCUACGGCUUUCGUCAAGGAGAAGAGGUCGUUCGAAGAGCUGGAGAAAGAGAUGCUGAAUGGCCAAAAGCUGCAAGGUAUCCAUACUGCCAAAGAGAUCAACACUUUCCUCAAGGCACGCAACAGGGUGGACGCGUACCCGCUCUUCACGAAUGUCUAUCGGAUCUGCUGGGAAGGCAAACCGGCGGAGGAGCUGACGGACGGGUUGUAA